AUGAAGUUCACAAUGCUCUUCGUUGGCCUGCUUGGGCUCCUCGUAGCUCCUGGUCUUCCCUACAAUAUCAAUGUCAACGACGACAACAACGUAAGCGGAAGUGGUCAGCAGUCCGUGAGCAUCAACAACGAGCACAACGUGGCCAAUGUUGACAAUAAUAAUGGCUGGGACUCCUGGAAUUCCCUCUGGGACUAUGAAAAUAGUUUUGCUGCAACCAGACUCUUUGCCAAGAAAUCAUGCAUUGUGCACAAAAUGAACAAGAAUGUCAUGCCCUCCCUUCAAGACCUUGACACGCUGGCCAAGGAGCAAAAACUUCAGGGUAAAGGGCCUGAAGGAGCGUCCCCCAAGGAACUGAUGUAUUCUAUCAGCCCUACCAGAGUGGCAGACCUGAGUCCAUUCGGGACAAAGAUUGCUGGCAUGUGCCAGGGCAUCCCAACCUAUGUAGCCGAGGAGAUUCCAGGACCAAACCAGCCUUUCUACUCAAAGAAGUGCUAUACUGCUAACAUACUCUAUAUUCUGCGGAUGUCCUUCUGUGGAACAUCAGAGGAAAUGUAUUAG